GGGCUUGAAACUCAAAACGAACAAAUCGUCGCUGGCGGGAAGAUUCUCAUGCAAUUAACCGAAUCGUCAAAUUUUCCUCUAAAAUAUAAAGUUUCUCCGGAAAAUGUCAUUCAUCGAUGAAUUUCAAGCCAAUAUAGAAGCUCUUCCGAACCAUUUACGGAGGAAAUAUGCCUUAUUGCGUGAUUUAGAUAAAAGUCUGCAAGGAGUCCAGAGGCAAAAUGAGCAACGUUGUGAGAAAGAAAUAGAGGAUAUGAUACAGCGUAUUAAGGCUGGUAACGUGACACCAGACUCUUCACUAAUCAAAUUCUCUGAUGAUGCAUUGGAUGAGCAAAAGCAUGCAAUCCGAAUUGCUGAUGAGAAAGUUGCAUUAGCUUCUCAGGCAUAUGAUCUGGUAGACGCUCACAUUCAGCAGCUCGAUCAGUACUUGAAAAAAUUUGAUGAAGAGCUCCGGAGAGAAAGAGAUGUUGCUGUUGUUACUGGAACUCCUGCUACCACUGUUGAAAAUAAUGGAAAGUCCGGAAGGUCUGGUGAAGGUAAGGGAGGGCGCAAGAAAACACGUCUUGCUACAGCAGCGGCAGCUACAGCCACUGCAGCAGCAGCAGCAACACCAAGUGGAAUGGAUUUGGAUCUACCUGUUGAUCCAAAUGAACCAACAUAUUGUUUCUGCAAUCAAGUUAGCUAUGGUGAAAUGGUUGCGUGCGACAAUCCUAAUUGCAAAAUAGAGUGGUUCCACUACGGCUGUGUUGGCCUUAAAGAACAGCCAAAGGGAAAAUGGUUUUGCGCGGAUUGUGCAGGAACACAAAAGAAGCGGAAAGGCAGAUGAUAGUAGUAGAAGAAAAUAAUUCAGUAUACUGAUUUAAGACGUUUUACCACCGGAAAAAUUUAUGUAGAUACUGUACUUCUGUAAUUUUGUUAUGUGUAGCCAUUAUUAACAAGUCACUCUUGCAUUCUAAUUGUAGGAGGGAAGUACAAUAAGUCAACAAAAAAUUUACUCUUGUUUAUUAUGAACUAUAACGAACAAAUAAACUAUUGUCUUUUACCAAUCAACA